GCUGGCUCUGCCUAGAGCUGAUAAACAUGCAACAGGGUCUGCUCCUUGCUCUCAUCUUUACCUUGGAUGCUGCUGAGCCCAAGCGUUGCUGUUCAGUGGAUUAACCAGGAUUUUGCUUAGAGAUCACAAACGCUGAUCACAGGAGCAAUGUGCGGCUGCAGAGCCAGCAUCCCCAGCACCAAGCAUUACUCUGUCAACCCUGCGCCCACCACGAAGAGCCCUCCAGCUGCAGCAGGCAUGCCCAAGCGCAUACCCAUAACCAAGCAGCUGGCAUCAAUAAAAGCUCUAGAAAAAGGCUCAGACCUUGAAAAAGCUUUUGCUACUGCUGCACUGGUGUAUAACAACUCUGCUGACCCUGAGGGCAAACUCAGCAAAGCCGAAACCAAGAGCCUGCUGCAAACCCAGUUUUCAAGAUUCAUACAGGGCCAGGAAAACAAGCCAAAGUACCAGGAAAUUAUUUCUGCCCUGGAUGAGGAGCCAGAGAAGAAAAUUGAUUUUGAAGAUUUCAUGAUCUCUCUGGUCAGCCUCGCUCUGCUGUCUGACCUGCUGCAGGAGAUCAAAAACGUGAAAUCCACGAAAUGAUGAGUGCUUUGUAAGAAAAGCAGAGGUGAAAUGCGCACAGAGAUAACGCUGAGUGCUGCAUCCCUUCUGCUCUUGCCUUUGAAAUGGAAUAAAGCCUUGC